AAGGUACUCGCACCUUUGCGUACGCAUAUUUCGAAGAAACAGUGAGUUGUGGGCGUUUCGAACCCGACAGAGCAGAGAUAGCAGAGCCAUGGAAGCGCAGACGAUGAAGAAGGAGCUGGCGGUGGCGGUGGCGGUGGCACUUGUUCUCUUCACAGUCUUGAUCUCCGGCGUCGGAGCCUGGACUGGUGAAAUCCACGGCAGAGUUGUUUGCGAUGUCUGUGGCGACUCCGCCGUCGGACCUGAAGAUCAUGUUCUAGAAGGUGCUGAGGUAGCUGUACUGUGCAUUACGAAAUCAGGGGAAGUUCUAAAUUACCAGGCAUUCACGAAUGAUAAGGGGGUAUAUACGGUGGCAGAGACAAUGCCCGAGAGUGACAGGUGGGAUGCAUGCCUGGCACGACCUAUCAGCAGCUUCCAUGAGCACUGCACUCAUCUCGGGGGUGGUAGCUCAGGCGUAAAGUUCACUUACAGUCACCCAUCCGGCUACUCUCACACCGUUAAAACUUUCGUCUAUCAACCAGCAAUUGUACCGGCAUACUGCAUUUGAGAAUUCUAGGAUCGAUGUACAUCUUUAUUCCGUAGUUGCAGUAUGAACUUUGCUUCAACUGAAAGGAAGGGGGAAAGAGAUUAUGUAAUUAUUACAGGGCUUGUGUGAGAUUAAUGGUGUCAUGUAGUUUGUGCCGAACAUCGUUCUUGUUAGUAUUAAAACCCAAUCCUUGAUUGGAAUAGCUUACAGAUA